CACACACUCACACACACACACACACACACACACACACACACACACACACACACACACACACACACUCCCACAAACAAAGAGAAGCGAGGCAGCACAGCAUCCCUCCCUUCCAGCCGCCAGCUCACUAGCAGAACCACCCCCCCCAUCCCUCUCAGACAGAACCGGUCCAGUCCGACCAUGAGCACUAACGGCGCCACUAACGGAACCAGCGACAUGCUGCAGAUCCAGUUCGGUCUGAUCAACUGCGGGAACAAAUACCUAACGGCGGAGACGUUCGGCUUCAAGAUCAACGCGUCCGCCUCGUCCAUGAAGAAGAAGCAGAUCUGGACUCUGGAGCAGAGCAGCGACGACGCCACCGGGAACGUGUUCCACCUGAAGUCACACCUGGGCCGGUACAUCGCCGCCGACAAGGACGGCAAUGUGACCGGAGAGAGUGAGACCCCGGGCUGCGAGUGCCGGUUCGUCAUCACGGCCCACGACGACGGCCGCUGGUCGCUGCAGUCCGAGCCGCACGGCCGAUACCUGGGCGGCACCGAGGACCGGAUCAUCUGCUUCGCCCAGACCGCCUCUGUGGCGGAGAAAUGGAGCGUGCACAUCGCCAUGCACCCGCAGGUGAACAUCUUCAGCGUGACGCGCAAGAGGUACGCGCACCUGAGCGGCAAGGUGGACGAGAUCGCCAUCGACCGGGACGUCCCGUGGGGGGUGGACUCCAUGAUCACGCUGGUGUUCCGAGAGCAGCGGUACCACCUGCAGACCUCCGACAACCGCUACCUGAGGAACGACGGCGCGCUGCUCGCCACCGCGGACAGGAGCACCGGGUACACGCUGGAGUUCCGCUCCGGGAAGGUGGCGUUCAGGGACUGCAGCGGCAAGUACCUGGCGCCCUCGGGGCCCUCCGGAACCAUGAAGUCCGGCAAGAGCGCCCGAGUGGGCAAGGACGAGAUGUUCGUGCUGGAGCAGAGCCACCCGCAGGUGGUGCUCACCGCUGCCAACGAGAGGAACGUCUCCACCCGGCAAGGUAUGGACCUGUCAGCCAAUCAGGACGAGGAGGGCGACCAGGAAGUGUUCCAGGUGGAGAUCUGUCGCGAAAACCGCAAGUGUGCGUUCCGGACCGCCGCUGGGAAAUACUGGACCCUGACUGCUAACGGCGGCCUGCAGUGCACCGCCUCCACCAAGUCGGCUAAUUGCUACUUUGACAUUGAGUGGCGUGGGAAGAGGCUGACUCUCCGGGCUGCCAAUGGGAAAUACGUCGCCGCCAAGAAAAACGGCCAGCUAGCAGCGACCAUCGACUCUGCCGGUGAGUCCGAGGAGUUCCUCAUGAAGCUGAUUAACCGCCCGAUCAUCGUGCUGCGUGGGGAGCACGGCUUCAUCGGCUGCAGGAAGGUGACGGGGACGCUGGACUCCAACCGCUCCACCUAUGACUACUUCACCCUGGAGUUCAGAGACGGAGCUUACAGCCUGCAAGACUCCACGGGUAAAUACUGGAUGGUAGGUAACGAGCAGUCGGUGGUGAGCAGCAGCGACACGCCCGUCGACUUCCUGUUCGAGUUCUGCGACUACAACAAGCUGGCAAUCCGCCACGCCGCCGACAGCAAGUACCUCCGCGGCGACCACGCUGGCGUGCUGAAGGCCAACGCUGACGACCUGGAGACCGCCACACUCUGGGAGUACUGAGGGAAGCUGCGAUGCUGAUGGAAAAAAAAAAAAAGUGUGGCAACGCGGCACAACCUGUCCUUACGUCUACCUAUUCACAUCUCCCACUCCCCCACCCUCCCAUUCCUCAUAUUAUAUCCUGUACUUAUGACUAUAUGUUGAUGAACUGCACAGAGAGAACAGGGAGGAUGGAAGAAGAAAAGGAAGGAGACACUCCUUUCUCCUCUGCCUCCCUUUCCUUCCAUUUGUCCCUCCAUCUUUUCUCAGCUCUGUUCUGCAGCGCCGACCUUUAUCCGUUGCCAUAGUUACCGUGGGGCUGCGCACUUUUUUUCUGCUCCGACCUGGUUCGCUGCUCAACCUGUCACUCUCUCUCUCCUCGCCUUAGGAUUGGGCCGUCCCUCUCCCAGAGCAGAGCAGAGCCACGUUUUAGGAGCCCCCCUCCUCUCUGAGUUUAACCCCCUCGUCUUUCUACUCGUCUCUAUUGUCUGUGUGAGCAGCACAUGGUGGCAGUAUUUUUUGCUAUCUGACCUGGUCUGCUAGAUCUGCUUCUGCCUGAUCUAAUUUCCCAAAACAGAUCCACAUCCGAAUAAAACCUGCUUCAGCUGCUUCCUGUUCGCUGGAUACGCAAGAUGGAGUCGGUGGGUCUGUCUUUGAGCAUUUGCAUCGUGUAGAAACAGAUUUUUCUUAUCUGACCAGGCCGAAUAUGUUUGUUUUCAUGAGCAGGCCCCGUUGCCUCUGUGUGAUGACUGUGAUAUAACUGGAGUGGAUCUGAUGAUGAUAAAGAUAUAGAAAAUGUUGUAACUUACGGGUUUAACCCUCACCCCUAUUCAUCUCAACUGUAAAAUACUCUAAUGUAAACCUGUUUCCUGUGUUGUUCUCUAGCUGUGUUCUCAUUGGACCAAACAGGAUGUAGGAAGUUAAAACACGUAAUCCCCUCUCCAAAAACUAAACCCCUAUUGUCCCAAGAACAGUUUAAAGAAAUUAAAAAUAGAAAUGGUGUGGUCACAUACUCUAUGUUUACUGCACUCACUUGUCAUACUGGAAGAAAAACCAGCACUCCCUGAUACACAGUUGGAUUUCUUUUUCUACGUCCAAGGCACAGACAUUAUCAUGGAAACAGUAGGUAACCAUAGUGACUGGAGAGAAAUGAUUUAUAGACCCUUUUUGAAAGCUGCUUUUUGGAUCCUUCAACCAAACCUAGACCUCAGCCUUUAUCUAGACCAAACCUUUGAUACUGGAUUAACAAACCGUCAUCUCACACACAGACACAACUGAGAAAACUGGAACCUGGUGCUACUAACUCAUGACAUCCUGUCAAACAUCUCCCACUGUCUGGACUAACAGAUGGUGAUUUUCUGCUGCGACGCUGCACACGAGAGCCUUGCCAUGUAACCAAAGGGGCUGAAAGAGUGCCCUUAAUAAACUUAUUCUGCUGCUUCUUUAGCUUUAAUUUCUGUUUGUAGCAUCAUGGCAACCUUCACAAUGAGGUGACCAAAUUGUUUUUGCUUUUGUUGGAUUAUUUAGUUCCUGACUUGUCAGUGAAGGUGGGGAAGGGAUAUGUUAAAAAAAAUAAAAAUAAUAAUAGUAAAGAAGCAGACUUUUAAUUUGUUGUCUUAUUUAACUGAAUUGUCUGUUAUGCAGUGGUGUAGCACAAAGCACCCAUGGGUCCUGCCCUCGUUGGUUCCCUACCCUUCAGCUUCCUCCAUAGCACAAAGCAGCAAUGGUUUCCGUCUACUUUUACAAUACAGCAAAGAUUACCUUGGCACUGGGCCCUUAAUUAUUGGGCUCUUCAAUCCAUCAUCAUCAUCCAGCAUUCCUCUGUGAAACUAAGUAUGGUUGUAGCCCCUUGGAAUGAUACACGAUUGUAGCCAGCUCCUCAAAAAGUCCGUCCAAUUUUCCCUCUGAAGUUUCGAGCGUUUUUUGCAUGAAGGGUUGAGAAUCUCAAGCGAAUAAAAGAAGCUGUUGUCCUCGGAGAAACCUGCGUCUCCAAGGGAACCGAGACCAAGGCUUAGACAAACGGAUGUGGAAGGGUAAACAUGUGGUAAUGACUGUGCCUUACUCUCGAGUUUUUGGGCAGUAGGAAAAUAAAAAGAUAAAAAAAGAAUCCACAUCUUUGCUUUGUAUAACUGGAACUUCUUUUUGUAUUAUUAUUUUGUAUAAUUUCUUUUGAUAUUGUGGAUUAACCUCUCUCGUGCCAUUGGUUCACCUGAAAUCCAACGACCAAUAAAACUGGGAUUUGGAACGCUA